AUGAAACCACAGGACUUGGUGACGCUGAGAUGGAAACUCCUUUGUUUCUCCCCUAAGACAUUUUGCCUGACAGAGCGUGAGUCGGACGCGUGGGCCUACCUGCUCAGGCGCACGCUUUCUGGUGAGGACCAAACCGGAGCGGCCGGUAAAGGCGAGGGCAGAGGCGAGGAGCUCUGGAGCAGGCUGAACCCCGCCAACACGAAGCCUGGGCGCCCCCUCAGGCCUCGCAGCGGCCGGGGGAAGGCAGGCGCAGGGUCUCCCUCACGGCAACCUGCUUGGCGUGGUGUCUGGCAGCCUCCCCCGAGGCGGCCCGCGGCUGCUGGCUGCCCCCGGGGAGGCCGCCCUCCGCUCAGCCGGACUCUCCUCCCUCUCGUCGAACAGGGGAAGAUUUUGGAAAAGACGGAGGCGUGCAGCCAGAUCGCCUUCACCCGCUACGUGCGCUCCGGGAGGAAGCCGGGGCCGGACCCGCAGCUCUCGAUGAGGGACGCGCGGUUCGGCCGGGUGCCGGGGAGGGUCUACCGGCCCCGCGCGCCAUCUGCCGGCCUGCGGGCGGGCGCCAUCUUCUGCCACGGCGGCGGCUGGCUGUACUGCAGCUUCGGGAGCCAUGAAAAGAUCUGCCGUUAGGUUGCCAGAGAAAGCAAGUCGAUGGUUGUCUCUGUUGGGUAUCAUUUAGCUCCUGAACACAAAUACCCUGCUGCGUAUGAAGACUGUCUUAAUGCCACCAUACACUUUAUGAAGCAUAUGGAGCUCUAUGGCGUGGAUCCCGCCAAUGUAAUUGUCUGCAGGGACAGUGCUGGGGGCAAUAUAGCAGCUGCUGUUAGCCAGACCCUUGCAGGUAGAUCAGACCUCCCCAAACUAUGUGCUCAGAUCUUGAUCUACCCAGGCCUUCAGGCGCUGGACUUCAAUUUACCAUCCUAUCAGCAGAAUCAGGGAGUCCCUCUCUUAUUCCGAGAACGUGCUGCUUUCUACAUGUUACAGUACCUAAAUGGGAAUGCAUCAAAUCUGGAAGAGGUCUUGGAGGGCUCCCAUAUUCCUAUAGAUAUUAAAUUAAAUUAUAGGAAGUGGGUGAGCCCAGAUAACAUCCCCGAAAAAUUUAAGGUCAGAGGCUACAAACCACAUGUGCUACUUGACUGUACAACCGAAGUUUAUGAGACAGUGAAAAGAUUCUGUGAGCCCAACCUGUGUCCGCUGUUAGCUGAAGAUGCUCUUAUUCAGCAGCUGCCUGAGACUUUCAUGUUGACUUGCGAGUAUGAUGUGCUGAGGGAUGACGGCUUGCUUUACAAGAAGAGAUUGGAGGACAACGGUGUUCGAGUGACCUGGUACCACCUUGAGGAUGUUAUCAUAAGCCUAUAUGAUUAUUGCGGUUUCUCAUUUCCAGCUGGGGAAAGGGGAUUGGACAGCAUUGUUAAAUUCAUAAAAGGUCUGUAAGAACAACUUUCCCUCUUUAUGCUUCUCCCACUAAUGUCUCUGUUUAGGCUUCCAAACCUCAGGUAGUACUUGUCAGCAAAAAUUUGAUACCCUUUGAUGUGUAAAAUACCAAUUUUGAUAUUAAUGAACUUCAGGUACUGUCUGAACACUGGUCUUUGUCCUCAUGAGACUAUUGACAGUUCAGUCUUUACAGUUUAAAUAUUUUCCACAUGCUGUGUUUCAAUCCCUUUUCUU